AUGCCAGGUCUAAUUUCAAUAGCUACAACUACUACCAGUCCAAAUUAUUAGCAUGACUGAAACUCAGCCAGCUGACCAUGAAACAGAAAACCUCAGCAAUGAGUGUAAAGAACUCAUUCUUUCUCUCCCUAAAGAAAGAGGCUGGGUACCCCGUCACAUAUAUCAAUACCAAUACCAAGGCUUCUGGUGCCCAACAGCCGACACAUUCCAAGCCAUUGUCAAUUUCCAAAAGCACUUCCAAGCUAGGGAUUCCGACAUAGUUGUCGCCAGCUUACCCAAAUCCGGCACCACAUGGUUGAAAGCCUUGACUUUUGCUGUUGUCAAUCGACACCGUUUCGAAGUAAAGAACCAUCCCUUGCUCACUACCAACUCUCAAAAACUUGUGCCAUUCUUGGACGUGGAUCUCUAUGCAAACAACAAGGUUCCUGAUUUCUCAUCCAAUAUUCAUGAGCCAAGACUCUUUGCAACCCAUAUUCCUUUUCCUUCUUUGGGUACAAUUAAAGAGUCCAACUGUAAGAUUGUUUAUGUUUGCAGAAACCCCUUCGACACAUUUGUUUCUUAUUGGCAAUUCUUUAACAGAGCCAGGCCAGAAUCGUUAGGUCCAUUGUCCCUUGAUGAGGCAUUUGAUAGGUAUUGCCAAGGCACAGAUGUGUAUGGUCCAUUUUGGAAUACCAGUUUGGGUUACUGGAAAGAGAGCUUGAAGAGACCUAACAAUGUGUUAUUCUUCAAGUACGAGGAGAUGAAGAAUGAUGUUGCAUAUCACUUGAAAACAUUAGCCAAGUUCAUAGACUACCCUUUCACUGAAGACGAGGAAAGAAACGGUCUGACUGAAGACAUAGCAAAACUCUGCUCUUUUGAGACCAUGAAGAAGUUGGAGAUCAACAAAACCGGAGCAUUUGUCAUGAACAUAGGGAACAAGUGUCUGUUCAGAAAAGCUGAGGUGGGAGAUUGGGUUAACUAUUUGACCCCUACGAUGGAGGAGAGAAUGUCCAAACUCAUAGAAGAAAAGUUUGGUGGUUCAGGCUUGACUUUCAAACGAUCCUAUCAAGCAGAACAAGUUCGGGCACCAAUAUAUUGAUGAAACUCUGGUUUUCACUUUUCACCAUUGAUGAUGGUAUAUGUUUCUGCUUUUCUAUCUACUUUCUUGUUAUGUGCUUUAGCAUUUCAGUU